AACUUCAAAGAGCAGAUGUAUUAACACCCCUGCUUUAUUUUGUAAGUGGAUCUGCAUAGGGUGGAGUUUUCCAUGAACUCUACUCAGCAGGUGAAUAGCCUAUUGCAGAUUAUUCCGAAGUCCUCCCAACAGUCUUGUCACAUCACAUUUGUAGAAGAAAGCAAGAAUGCAUACCGUACUCCAUAUCCUCUGGUUUGCAGUCUUUGCAACCUAUUGUUAUAUUGAAGCUUUGGUGAAAUGUUUUAUUCCUGUGAAGAGAAAAUCUGUGGCUGGUGAAAUUGUCCUUGUCACUGGAGCUGCAAGCGGCAUCGGAAGACUCACCGCCUUUGAAUUUGCCAAACAUGGAAGCCGAUUGGUCCUCUGGGAUGUAAACAAGAGUUGCCUAGAGGAAACAGCUGAAGACUGCAGAAAGCUGGGAGUCGAAGCAUAUCCUUAUGUGGUGGACUGCAGUUUGAAAGAGGAAAUCUACAGUGCGGCUGAGAAAGUAAAAAAAGAUGUUGGAGAUGUUACUAUUUUAGUAAAUAAUGCCGGUGUGGCAGCAACAGGAGAACUGCUUUCCACCCCGGACAAGCAAAUACAAAAAAUAUAUGAUACCAACAUUCUAGGUCAUUACUGGACAAUAAAAGCUUUUCUGCCAGCUAUGAUGAAAACUAACCAUGGUCAUAUUGUCAAUGUUGCAUCAGCUGGUGGGCUAGUGCCGGUUCCUUUUCUGUUGCCUUAUUGUUCAAGCAAGUUUGCUGCUAUAGGGCUUCACAAAGGCUUUACCAAAGAAUUAUCUGUUUUGGGAAAAAAUGGGAUCAAGACUACCUGCUUAUGUCCAUAUUUUAUAAGCACGGGGCUUGUAAAAAACCCACAGUCAAGACUAUUACCUAUUCUGAAACCUGAGGCGGUUGCAAAGAGGCUCAUGGAUGGAGUACUCUGCAAUCAAAAGAAGAUCGUUAUACCAUCCUCAGUUGCAGUGUUCCCUCUGCUGGAAAUAAUUCUUCCUGAACGUGCUAUGGUGGCUUUCGAAAAGAUUUUCAGGGUCAGUUUUGAUGUGGAGAAAAGAGAAUGACAAAGUAUCAAAUCUUUCCAAAUUUGCAAUCGCAUUUUUUUUAAUUUUAAAAAACAAACUUUAUUGAAUUUAAAAAUAUUAACAAGAAAAAAAAGAGAAAAUAUACAAAUUUUCUCACUCAUAAAAUUUACAUUUUCAAUCCACAGUUACACUAACAUACUAAAUACAUGUGAUUAUAUAAACACAUAUAUAUAAAUAUACAAACAGUGACUUAUUUACCUGUUCUAUCUAUCUGACGGUGCUUUUUUUAUUAUUAUUAUUACUUGCAUUUCCCCUAAUUCUUAUCUUUACCCUUUUUUCCUUUGGUUUAUCCAUUUAUACCAUCUAUUCCAUACUAUAAAAUAUUUUGAGUCUUCCUUGUCUUUUAAUUCUAGAGUUAAUUUAUCCAUUUCUGCGCAUGUGUAGAUUUUUUGAAUUACUUCCUGAUCUGUUGGCAUAUGAUCUGUUUUCCACAGUUGUGCUAUAGCAAGUCUGGCUGCCGUAAUUAUGUGUAGUGUCAAAUAUUUUAUGUCUUUUCUAAUAUUCCUUUUUAUCAUGCCUAAUAAGAAAACUUCUGGUUCUAAUUCAGUUUCUUGAUCUAUUAUUUCUACUAUCCAUGUUUUUAUUUUUUUCCAAUAUUUCUUUAUUUCUGGGCAAAGCCACCAAACAUGGAAAAAAGUUUGAGCUUUUUUACAUUUCCAACAAACAGGAUUUACAUUCGGGUACAUUUUUGCUAGUCUCGAGGGAGCUAGGUACCAUCUAUACCACACCUUAUAAUGGUUCUCCUUGUAUGCUGCCGAUUUUGUCAUACUAUAAAUAUGACAAAGUAUCAAAUCUUUCCAAAUUUGCAAUCGCAUUUCUAAUAUCAUGGUUUUAUACAUCUUAUGUAAACUGCAAAAGGAAUUCCAAGCACUAUUCUUCACAAAUCUAUAUUAACAUAUCUUUUUCAAGUACUGGUGUAACACUCUGAUGAAUUUAUUUCUUCCUGACAUAGAAGGAGGACAUAAACGUAACUUCAAACCCACUGAUUUUAAAGUAUUUUCUUAAACAAAACUGAAGAUCUCCAAAUUCUGAGUGAUCUUGCUUCCUUUUUUGCUUUACUUAUUUGACUUGAUGAAUGUUUAAGGAAAUUAUAUAGGUAGAAACAAAAUAUAGACAUGUCCUAAGCAGUCAUGCAUUUGACAGACUAUAUCACUUCAUCCCACAUUCCUCUGUUUCUGAAGUGAAGAAAUACCAAUUUUCUAUCCUCCUUUGCAUUCAUAUUUGGACAAUAAAAUGCUUUCCCACUGGAGCUGCAUGUUAACCGAAAUUAAACACUGCAAAGGGCACAUUCUCACACACAUCGCAAAGGACCACCUCUACUAUAACUAUUACCAGCCAACUUGUAGCUAUCUCCAGUGCUGUUUCUGUGCUCUCGAAUAAACUCUUCAAGCAGCUGA